AUGAAAUAUUUUCUUUUAUUUUUCAUAUAUUUUAAUACUAUAUUAAUAAUAAAAAUUUUUAAGGAAAAAAUUGUUUUUUGUUAUUCUCUUUCCUAUUGUAAGAAAAUAAAAAAUGAUCCCUUUGAUAACCUAAAGAGAAAAGUAAAAUUAUAUGUUUAUAUAGUAAGACCUAAGAAAUAUUUAUUUGUAAAAAAUUAUCCUAAAAAUGGGUGCGAACAAAAAAUAAAUAAUAUAAUACAGGUAAAACUAAACAAAUUAGUAUCUAUUAGAAAUGGCUCAAAAAUUUUAAUGAAAAAUGAGUUAAAUAAAUAUAACAUUGAUGUAGUUAGUGAUAAAAUAAAUAAUAAAAUAAAAAAUGAGUAUAUAAAUAAUGAUGAUAUAGAUAAUAUAUUAGAUUAUUUAAAAAAAUCAGAUAAAAAUGAAAAGUGUCUUUUUAUGAGCACACCACUUUAUUAUGGGAAUGAUAAACCUCACAUAGGACAUGCCUAUUGUAAUAUAUUAGGCGACGUAAUAAGUAGAUUUGAAAAAUUAAGAAAUGAAAAUGAAAGGAAAUUGAUUUUUUUUUCAGGAAUGGAUGAACAUGGUCUGAAGAUAGAAUUGAAAUCAAAAAAAAUGAAUAUAACUAAUAAUGAACAUAUUGAUAAUAUUUGCAAAUAUUACAAAAAAAUGAAUAAUGAAUUAGAUAUAAAAAUAAAUUUAUUCUAUAGAACAUCUAAUGAAUUUCAUAAAUCCUUUGUUCAAAAUAUAUGGAGUUAUUUAAUAAAUAAUAAUUAUAUAUAUAAAGAUGUUUACAAAGGGUAUUAUGACAUAAGUGAAGAAAGAUAUUUAGGUGAAAUAGAGUUAAAAGAAAAAAAAAAUAAAGAAAAUGUAAUAUAUAUUGAAGAAGAGAAUAGUUAUUUUUUUAAUAUAAUAAAAUUUCAAGAAUUCUUGAUUGAUUUUUAUGAAAGCAAUGAGAAUUAUAUAUUUCCAAAUUAUUUACAAAAGGAAAUAAUAUUUUUUUUAAAAAAUGAUUUAAAAAAUAUUUGCAUAAGUAGAUAUAAUACUAAUUGGGGAAUAAAAAUCCCUGGAGAAGAAAAAGGAACUAUAUAUGUGUGGUUUGAUGCGCUGUUAUCGUAUAUAUCAUCUAUACUGUAUAUAAUUAAAAAAAACAGCUUAAAACAUAAAAAGAAAAACAAUGAAUAUCAUACUUCUCAUAAUUUAUUUUCUAAUGAUUUUUUAAGUUCAGAAAACAUAAAAACAAGUGAUAUUCUUUGUUCAUAUGAAGAUAUUUUAAAUUUAGUAAACAUUAAUAAUAAUAAAGAUGGCAACAAUAAUAUUCAUAAUAAUGAUAAUAAUAAUAAUAAUAAUAGUAUUAAUAAAAUUAAUAAUAUUAAUUUUUUUAAUCUAUUUGAAAAGGCAUGGAAUCCUUUUAUUCAAAUAAUAGGAAAAGAUAUAUUAAAAUUUCAUGGUAUUCUUUAUAUGUGUUUAUUAAAAAGCUUAAAUUUAAAGUUUCCUGAAAAAAUACUUUGUCAUGGUUUGAUAAAGAAUAAAAAUAUAAAAAUGUCAAAAAGUUUAAAUAAUAUUGUAAGUCCUUUUACUUUAUUAGAAAAAUAUAAUUCUGAUGUAAUACGAAUAUAUUUUAUUGGAUGCGCCAAUAUAUAUGAAGAUAAAAAUUUUAAAGAAAAAAAUUUACAAGCUUUUGAAUUAUUUCUUCGUAAUAAUGUAGGGAAUUUACUGUAUAGGGUAUUAUCAUUAUGCCUUGUAAAUAAUUAUAAAAUAAUUCAAGAAAUAAAAACGGAUGACUAUAAUAAUUCUUCUAUUUUAAAUGAGUGUAGAGAUAUAAAAGAAAAAUUAAUUAACUUUACAAAAAAAAUGGAAUUUCCUCUCUUUUUAGAAAAUAUAAUGACAUUAAUAAAAAAUGUUAAUAAAUUUUUUGUUCAUAAGAAACCUUGGAAUUAUAUAAAUAAUUCUUAUCAAUUCAAUUCGAUAAUAUAUGAAACAUUAGAAAGCAUCAAAUUUUUUUCUAUUUUUAUGUAUCCAGUUAUACCUCAAAUUUCUCUUAAUAUUUUAAAAAAUAUAGGUUUAAAAAAUAUAAAUGAAAAUAAUAUUUCUAUAGAUAUGUUGGAAAAGAGAACAGAAAAUUUUGUAUUAAAAAAAUUAAUUAAAAUUAUUUGA